AGCAUCGUAAACAUGACAAGUAACGAACAGUUAAGUUUGGAGCCGUAUUGAUUUGAACCCGUUCUUUCGCAAGAGGAAAUUGAGAAAAGAAGGCGUUCAGUGGAGUCGCAGUCCAGGCAGACGGUACAGUUUCUUCAUACACAUGUCUCGAACCUCAACUUGUCAUUAUGUACAGUGAUUACGCAAAUGAUGGAUUCACCGUUUACAUGCUAGUCUGUUCUUUUCAGAUGACUUUGUUGGGUCAGGAAUAUUGAUAAAACUGUUUCACAUCUCCCCUUCGCAUUAAUCUCGGCUGAGAGUCGCCUUGGCUGAAUAUUUGGACUGACGCCGUCACCGUGCCGAAUCUCAGCCGAGAUUACCCUUCGCAUUAGUGCAAUUACCAGCUUGACAGGAAGGCAUCAACCUAUUUAUUCGUAAAAUCUACCACAUGAUCUUAAUUAGAAUUUCAUCAAAAUCGGAACAGACGGUGUGACGUCAAAAUCAUUGAUUUUUGUGGUCUUGAAAACAAAAGAGAUCCACCAAACUCCCCGUCGAGGCCUCAUUAUGUCACCUACGUUUGUGACCAAACGAACUCUGGCGGAAGUUUGAGAGAUCCAUCACGGCAGCCUCUCUAAAUGGCGGGAAUUUCGAUUCUUAACGUUUUCAAAUUAGUACUGUUCAAGCCUAUCAUCAGAAUAGUACAUGUAUAACAAAUUGCUAUCAUAUCAAGUAAUUUGGUGGGGUGGGGUGGGGGUGGGGGUGUUGCUUUAAUUAUAGAUUGCGGUUUUUAUUACUACUGUUCGAUUCCAUUUCUACGUAAUACAAACGUUAUCUUUUGAUUGCCGAAUCAUUUUCGUUUUCCUCUGACUGUUGAAACGGGUGCAGGGUCAAACAUAUCCAACUAUAUCGGGUAUGAUCACCGUCGUUAUCCACGGUGUCGCUAAAACUGGUCAUUUGUCACAGAAAUUAAAAAGAUAAUUAUUAUAAGUGGUGUAUUGAUUGUACGGUGGUAAUAAGUUGUGCGAACGACAUAAUAUCUCAUGUGAACGACAUAAUAUUUUUCAAAAAUAAGACUGAAGUAAAAAAAAAAAAUAUUUGCAUGUCCUAUAUAUACCACCGUAUACAACCGUAGUAUUUUGGGUAUUUAACUAAAUUUGGGGGGAAGAAGAAGAAAAACACAUACAGCAGUAAAUUUUUCAUUUUUUUUUUUAUACAGAUGUAGACUUUAUUUUCAAAUCUAUUUUCACGUACCGUACUUGACUUUUAUGUGUAAAUUGUGUUGCUCGACAAGUUUCGUCUUUACUGCAUGUAAAAUAAUCCCACGGGGCUUCCAUACAUUUAUCACGCGCCGCCGUUCAUUUUGUCAAUACACGAUACGAGUUACACAAGUUGUGACCUACUUUCUCCGAGCUUUGGCGUGACUUCAUGCUUCAGUCAUAAUAAGGAGGAGUCUACAUGUACCUUGUCUUAGCCUAGACAUGAAAUAACUCUAAGAAUGGAAGAGCUUGUGAAUGAAGAAAUAUGGCCAGAAGAAUUUUCUGGAGCCGCUUAUGGGCUAACAAUGGUGUUCAUAUCAUUAGUAGGAUUUUAUGUUUUAAGUGUUUUUGCCGAGGUUUUGAUACCUAGAGCUGCUGAAAAUCACGCUUGGAAAUGGAAAAACAUUUCAACUUCACUUGUUCAUUCAAUUAUCAGUGGCUUAUGGUCUUGUAUAUGUUUCUACGACAACCCAAAGUUGGCAGAAGACAUGAUCCAAACACACACUGUAUUAGCGCAUACUUUGAUCAGUGUGUCUGUUGGAUACUUUAUAUAUGAUAGUAUUGACAUGCUGGUAUACCAAAGAAGUCGGCAGUCGUAUGAGCUGUUGGGUCACCAUGUCGUGAUCAUCAUCUGUUUUGGUGUGUCCAUUGUUUCGCGGAUGUACAUUGGAUAUGCAGUAGUGGCCUUAGUGAUAGAGCUAAACAGUAUAUUCCUACACCUUCGGCAGAUUUUUCAGAUUUGCCAAUUUAAGAAAGACAAUAAAAUAUACAGAUUAAAUAGUAUCAUCAACUUAGGUACAUUCGUAGGUUUCCGUAUUUCUGUGAUGGCUUGGAUGAGCCGUUGGUUGUUGAUUAAUAAAGACUUGAUUCCGCUGGUGUUUUACUCGUUGGGAAGCAUCGGGCUCGCUGUGAUGACAGUCAUGAACAUUAUUCUGUUUUAUCGUCUACUGCAAAGCGACUUCAUCCGCAAGAAAGACGCCUCUGUGAAAGCGGACUAAUGUUUCACUCCUUGGUGAAAGUAGAUUUUAAGUCUAAUUGCCAUAGAGAAACAAGUUUUGACUGGUUUGUUGUGCAGUUUAAUUAUUUAUUAUCGGGAGUAUGAGAAUGAAAAUGAUUAAUUGUGUGUACUAGAUACAUUAGUAACGCUGUAGCUUUAUCUGAAUAGCAUUAGAGGAUCAGUUCAGAAUGACGUCAUGACUACUUCAUGUAAUUCUGUCAGGAAUUCAUAGCUUUACUGAAGUGACUGAUUGAAGCCUGAUUUAAUCAACAAAUUAUGUUUGGUGCGUGUGAGUGCGGGCUAUGUAGGGCUAUAUUUAUAGGUUUAUAUAUAGGGCUCGACAUGGCAUAGUGCCACAAACUUGUCAAUAUUUUUAAAAUAUGUCAAAUUAAUUCACUGAAACACCUUCAUAAGUUAUUGUAAUCAAAUUAUCCAAAGUUCAAUUAUUAUUAAAUUUAAUAAAACCACUACAAUACAUGUAUCUAAAAUUUUUGGACACAGAUUGUUAAUUUUUUUCUGAUCAGCCGUGACCAUAAGAACACCAUACUCGAGGUUUUUGUCCUACCUUUUCAAUAGCUAGAUUCUAUAAUAGAAUUGAAUCGGUAAGUUGAUAUGUAAUUUUCAUUUGGACUGUCUUUGCAAUUGUUGGUUAUGAUUUCAUAAAUACUUAGAAUUUAUGCCCAGAUGUUUGGCAGUAAAUGAGCAGAACUUGACAUCAAACAAAAUGAUAUUUAGCUGCCAAUCUAUAGAUCAUGAGCUCGAGUCUCACAGACGUUUAAAAAUGUUCUGGUCAACCCUUUACUUUAAUUGCUCCAUUUCAGAAUAAUUUUGUACAAGUAACCCCCACCCACCCCCACUUCCUAUAACAAUUUCCUCUGCUGUGUUAUUUUUCCUUAAACAAAUGAUGGUUUUCAAUGAAAUAUCUAGACUAAAAGUUUAAACAUAGAAGUGGACUAAUUUAUGGUAAAUAUUGCUGUACAUCAAAAUGUUAUUCAUUGACAAGUUGUUAAUUAAAUAUAUCAUUCCAGUAUCCAUGGUAACAGUCCAGUCUUUGUCCGUAUUUUGCAUUCCGUCUUCAAGUGAUAUGAUUGCUACUUACUAUGUCCGUAAAUCAAAGUGUAAAAUAUCGGGAUUCGAUGCCAAGGCAUGAUAAGGAUUGUUACCAGCCUCCAAAAUUGAACAUUUGGAAGAUUUAUCCAAAUUUUUAAGAUUUGUAUUCCUCUCUAUAGCCAGAUUUUUCACUAAAAUUAGAGCUAUUAUUCCAGAUUUUGAUAUUAAAUGUUUAUAUCACAAAUGAUUGUCAGGGCAAAAUGAUGAUUUAAAAUGGCACUCACUUGUAGGACAAAUUCGCCUUCAAAAAGCAUUCAGUGUCUGUAUUGCCAUCGGCAAGUGUUGUCUGUGAAUUGUUCGUCUGAUUCCUUCCAAUCACCUGUCUGAACUCCAUCCAGUCACCUUAAAACCUUAAAAAGGUGGGUCAUAUGAAACUGGAACAUUUUUUUUAAUUUUAUAUAAUUAUGUUCACAAAUGUGGUAAACUAUCAUAAAAUGUGCAUCUACCAUUUUGAAUAAAUAUGUCCCAUCCCAUAUUCUGUGAGAAUGUAAGAUGAACCUUGUUUAUUUUCCAUGAUUUAAAUGUAUUGAAAACUCAGUAUAUGAACAAAUAGCAAAACAAAAACCAAAAAAAAACACCCGGAAAGGAUAUCUUGGAUUCUAUUCUCAAUUAUUUUCCAUAAUUUAAGUUAUUUUAGAUACACAGUCUGGACAAAAAAAUUUUGCUGUAUGAAUUUAUUAUUUGUAUGAUAGUUUCUCAAGGCCUAGGCAGUGGCGGAUUUAGAGGGGGGCGCAGCCGGUGCACGCCCCCCCCCCCCCCCCCCCUAAAAUUUUCAAAUUUAAGGUAAAUCGCGGCAUCUUGUUUCGGAAAAUGUACUAAACGAUAAAAGAAGCAAUAAUUUCUUCCACGCCCGGAGAAAUAAAUGACAAAAUCUUUUGAUUUCUUGAAUUACUUUAUUGGGAGAACUUAAUUUUUUCAAAAAACCCCUUAAAAUUUGGGUCAUUUUAUUAAUUUCACCUUAUUAAAAUGAUAGAAAAUAGUACAAAUGACUAAAUAGGAGAAACAUUUCAAGCCCCAUAAAAUCUGUAAAAUCCAGGAGUUUCCGGGGGCUUCUCCCCCUGAACCCCCUGGACCCACUGCCUCAUAAAGUGGCGCCCCCCGUAACCGCAAUUCCUGGAUCCGCCCCUGCUAGGUGACCUUGGUUUUAAUUGCCAUAUAUUAUUAAUUUUAUAUUUAGUUAUGUGUGUAUUGAAUACACAGAUUGAACAAAAUUUUCUGUUUUGUGAAUAUGUUUAUAGGUUAUAUUAAUUUCUCAGGGGCUGAUAACACAAGAAUCUUUCCAAAAAUGUUGUCUGAAAAACUUGAACAAUGCAAAUGAUUUUUUGGAAAUUCGCGAUUCGUAUGUAUACAAGAGAAUACAAUUAGUUUCACACUUUUCUGUGUGGGGAGAUGCUGUAGAGUGAUUUAUAUUAUUCAGGAAAAUUGUAAUGAGAGACUUUGGACUUGAAUGUCUUGUGUAUCAGAUUAGUCGGCUGUUAAAACACUAUAUGUACAAUCAUUUAUUGCCUAAACUUUUCUUGGUUCAUUUGUUCCUCUACAUGUUUGUAUUUUUGUAUAUAUGUAUUGAUUAUACUGUUGUGAGUUUCAUAGAAAAGCCUUUUUUCUAAUGAACAGAUUGCCUUAAUUACAUCAAACACAAUCAGUCUCACCAAAAGCUGCAAAAGAAGAUUUUUAUUUUGCUAUUGCAACACUUUUUAGAAUCGUGUGAUUUGCCAAGUCCCAUAACCUUUGUUAUUAUGAUAUACCUAGGUGCUAUUUGUUUCAGCUGUAAUUGUAAACACAGCGGUGCUUAAAUGGAUUAGGUUUUGUAAUAUGUUUAUGGAAGAUUUUUUUAUGUUGAUUUUCAAGUAUUGAAGAGGAUGAACAUAGGGGAAAGAACAGAAAAUAGUAUUUUCUGUAUCUGCUCAAAAAGUACCAAAUCCUAAUGAAACUAGUAUUGGUUCUACUUCCUGUAUUGAUCUUUACUGAAAUGAGUGCAUGUGCAUUUUGGCUUACAACUUACACAACUAUCACAAGCCUAACAGGAGAAGCAGAUGGGAUAUCUGGGUGUGUACAUACGAUUUAUCUGUUAGACGACGGUAAUGUCAACUCAUGAUUGUACCCAUUGUGCAUCAUUUCUGAGGGCACUAAACAAGGAAUUAUUGAUACAUAUGCGGUACAAUUUCCAUGUGUAGUUUGUAUGUGUAGUUAUAUGUCUGUGUUAUUUGUAAUCUCAACUACUAUUACUAGAAUUGUACCGUAAUAUGCAAUACUGAUAACUCUUCCUUGUUUCAUCAAACAAUCCAAUGCUUACAAUUGUACAUCAUUCUCCGACAAAUCUCCAGAACAAGUUUCUCUUCAAAUAUGGGAAUACUAAGCUGUCUGGGGCUUGAUUAUCUAUGAUUUCGCUAUUAUAAGUAAACUAGUUUUAUGGAUUUUCUCAUCAAAGCAUGAGAUGUCCACCCAGAAGGUAUAUACAUUGGCUAUUUGUUUUUAAAUCAAGCAUGGACUAUUUUCAAAGCAUUUUAAUUCAUUAUUGAUACUCAAAGAUUACAAAAAUUAGUAAUAUUAUACAGUAUAUAUGUAAUUAGAACUUAAUUCUAUGAAAGGGGCAUUAGCUGUCAACUAGGACGCAAGAACUUUUUCUUUUUAAUUCUGAACCGUACGUGAUUCAAAUGUCGGAAUGCGUCAAAAAGGAAGAAAAAUAAAUCUGUUAGUGCAAAAAAGACCUCCAAUCAAAUUUUGUGGAAAAUGAUGCAAAAUUUCUCCAUAAUGGAUUAUUUACUUCUGUCCAAUAAUGCUUCUGCCAUUGUUUCCACCUAAACAAAAGGAAUUCUUAUGUUCAAAUAACAACAAGUAUCAAUUUUAAUAUGUCAGGGGUGAUUGUUAUAUACUGUACAGCAGUUUUAGUCACCUUGGUAACAAAUGCUUCUUCAGAUAUAUUUAAACGACGUAUCAUUUUCUUUUUCUUGGUAAUAAUUAAAAAUGUAUAUCACAGUUUUGGGUCUUGUACAUUAUUUUAUGUGAUAGAAUGAAGAUGUGAAUAUUUAGCUAAUUGCAAUUAUAAAUUAUUUUUUUGGCGUUGUUAUGCUAGUGUUAAACAAGCAAACACUCCCCCAAUUUCUAGCGCUAUACACGUACAUGUAUAUAAGAUUUAUUUUGUAAUGUAUGUAAUGAUUUUAAAUUGUAAUUGUUUCAUAUGUACUAUUUUAUUUGUUGUAUUUUAUUAAAAUGGUUUAUAAUACAA